AUGGCGACGCCGCGAGUGAUGGUGAUCGUGCUGAAGAUGUUUGGAUUCGUUGUAAUGCUGUGGAUGGGUAUGUACAAGAGCGAGAAGAUUCUGAUGCGAAGAUGUCGCAAACAGGCGGACGGAUCAUGUGUGGAACAGAAAGUCGCGAUAUCACCAGGGUGGCAAGAGAAGCUCGUAGGAUAUCCAACGGUCCCACUAGGAGAGGACGGGCUGAUAGAGGCGCUGGACGCUCAGGUUAUCUGCAUCGACGAGGACAAUCUGGAGCCCGACCAGGCUGAGAGUCUUCCCGUGAACGCGCAUGAGCUGCCGGCUCCCAUGGAGGAUGACGGUGAAGAAGUUGACGCUCUGCCGCACGCGUCUGACAUGUCGGGCGAAGAGGCGAGGGGCGACAUGAUCAUCUGGAGGAGAAACGACGUGGGAUGCCCCUCGGACAUCACAAUCGAUGAGUGGAAAGAAUAUUGCCUGAACCCGAAAGCCCCCAAGUUUCUGCAGGCGAUCGACGCGCGUCGCAUGAGGAAGGAGGACAACGAGAAUGAAGAUGAGGACGACGAUGACGAGGACGACGAUGUAGAUGAUGACAAUGACAGCGAAAAUGGUAGACUGAACACUGAACAACUGGCAUCCAAGACAUGCGAAGAAGAAUCUGAAGAUGGAGCAAGCGACGACGACGAUGACGACGACGACGACGACGACGAAGAAGAAGAAGAAGAAGAAGAAGAGCAAGCAAUUUCUGCUGACAAUGUGGAAGAUGGUGAUACUCAUGCGAUGGUUCCACUGAUCGAUUGCGGGUCUGAUUCGGUGUCAUGGUUCUAG